AUGUCUCGACCCUCCAAGAACGCGAGAAAUAUAGCCUGUGCCCGCUGUUUCCGCCUCAAACGAAAAUGUGACCACGUCAAACCCGUCUGUGGCGAAUGUCGCCGCAAAGGCGCGGAAUGCCUGCCGGCCAAGUCCCGCCUGACGGGCGAGAGUGUCACCAUCCCGUUGGAAUACCUCAAGCAGCUAGAAGAGAGAGUGGCUGAACUCGAUGCGGGAUCGGUCGGGACCAUGUGCGAUGCGGCUGUGCAGACGGAUGCGGUGGUGGAUGGUGAAGUUUCGCGCUCGCAAUCGCAAUCACCUGUCAGUGCUUUGCGCAUACCGUGGAAUACAUCUCCAGAUGCUCCUCCCAGCUGGAAUGGUGACUCUGAAAAUGACGGCGCAUUGGUCCUUAUACCUGAAUCCUAUCCCCGCCGAGGAUCGCGACACUCCUCACCAUUUGCAGACGCAUUUUCGCUGCUAGAUGACACUGCAAUCGACUUUCCUUACAUAGACACAGGAUCAUUGUAUCCCACCAUGAACGGCGACGACCCUUGGCUGCUUGAGCUCUACUCAAACCUCUAUUUCAGCAUUUCCAACCGAGAAUGGCCUUUUCUGAACGAAAGCGCCUGGAAGUCCUGGCAUAGCGACUGGUUAACAACGGGACAAGACGAAGACUGGAGAGGAUACUUUCUGCAAAUGGUCUAUGCCAUUGGCGCAUCCCUCUGCAGCACUCUCCAGCGAGAUCCCACGCACUCAACUCGCUCAAAAGAACUUUACUCCUCCGCCAUGAGAUUCUACCCGCAUGUCGUCGCACAAUCCUCCACCGUCCUGCAGAUCCAAGCAUCCAUUCUUAUGAUACUUUAUACUAUGCAUUCUCCAUCGAUUGAAGAAAUGACCACGAGUGUGUCUUCAGUGAUGCCAUUCUGCACGGCUGCAAUUGCCGAAAUCCGCAAGUAUGCGUCUGCGGGCCGGGACAGCACGACCAUCAUGUCCGGAUCGGAUGAGUCUCUGGCGGAGAGCAUGUUUAUUACCUGCUACAUGCUGAAUGAGAUUGUCGUCUCUGGAUGGGAUAGGCCUGUCUCAGCUGCCUAUAGGGCUGUGGACGACGAUAUGCGUAUUUUGGGAGACGCGGUUCAGCCCCCAGACAACUCAAACCCAGCCCUCAGCCACUUAUUCCGACUACGAAAGAUCCAAGCAAAUAUUAGAAGAUUACGGGAAAACCAGCCGCGCCGCUGUUUGCUGGAAAAUGAUGACCACAGUUCUUCUAUCAAAUCUGCGUUGGAUGUCUGGCGGCAGGAUAUACCGCGUUAUGGAAGUGAAAUUGGGCCAUGUGGCUACCUUCACCCCGUCUGGAUGGCGAAAUUAUAUGAUUAUAGUGUUCUUAUCCUCAUGGAAGAGAAGAGAGACUUCCUUGAGCACGAUGGCACGGAAGACAUCCUGUCUGCUAUCGUAGAGGUUUGUCUGAGUUUCCGGCGUUUGCAGGAAGAGGGCCAUGUUAUGUGCUAUACUUGGUCUGCACUCGUGUUCCAGUUCCGGGCGGGUAUCAUGCUCCUUUACAUUGUCUGGUCGACAACGCGGCAAAAAGCCCACAUUGAAUCUUAUUCUUUAGAGGCCAUUCCCGCUUGUGCAACGACCUUGUCUUGUUUUGCAAAUCGCUGGGCCGAUGCAUUGCCAUAUACGAAGCUCUUCGACUUCUUACAUCAGAAGGUGCUGGACAGUACCAGCGCGGAUAUGUACGACACUAGAGCCUCAGUCUCGAUUGAAGACGCGGAGUUUUACCUGGAGCAAUUGAAAAAGAGGUACCUCCACCGGGCUGUCCUGGAUAUGAUUGAGGAGAUGAUGUACGGAGAGUUUCUACAGAUUACAGAGAUAUCAGAUGUUCCGAUAGAUAUCGUAUCAUAA